UUACGAUAAUUUGACAGGUUUUAUGUAGGCUACAUUGUGAACAAUGCUGCUAUUGAAAUGGACAUAAUCUUGUGUACUAAGAGUUGUAUGUAUCCUAUAAUUGUAUAGGCGUCAUGUAUCCGACUGCACAGUCACGUGAACACCAUAUGUCAAGACCAAAACCUUCACCUGAAUAAGCCUCUCCCACAGAUGCACUGCACUACGUUCACUGGCCAUUGUUGUGACAUUUCAUAUCGAUUGAAUGGCUCACUAUGAUAUGAUCAAUCUGAAAAUCAAUCCUUCGGCGUAUACAAGUAGUUCCAACCUGACCAUCCAUGUGCGAAUGUUAUUCGGAUUGAAAAUGCGUGUUGGCGAUGUAAUUCUUCAGGAAUCUUCAGGUAUUCUGAAUAUCAGCACAGAAGGUGCUUUUACACUGUGAACAAUCAGUCAGCACAGCCAUGGCCUUCGUCGGUGGUCUGUUGCCAAGGGGAAUAGUCCUGGCUGAAGGAUAGAGAGAGAAGGGGAGAGAGAGGGAGAGAAAAGGCAGCCUUGCGGUGCAGAAGAAGAGAUGGUCAUCACUGACAGGAGCUCCAGCACUCCUGGGCCCAAGAAGAAGGAACCGAAGAAGAGGGCAUCCCGCCCCCAUGGCCUGCCCUCCCCGGCGCUGUGCUGCGCGUGUGGCUUGUGCAUCAUGCUGGCAGGCAUCAACAUCACCCUGGUGGGGGCGUUUGCCUUCAGCACCAUGGUGCCCUCUACCAACCCUCCCAUCAUCAUAGGGCCCAUCCUGCUUCUGGUGGCCUUCUCUUUCUUCGGGGCGUGCUGUGUCUGCAGCCGCCUGCCCCCUGCCCAGGGCUCCCGGAGGUCUAAUGUGGGCGGAAGGAGCAUGGGGAUGAUGGGGCGUGGAGGUUUAGCCGGGGGAGUGACGUUUGAGAUUGAGACGAGUGAGCACACAUUGCAGGACACGACAGCAGUACAGCUCAGCCCCUCAGCCUCACCUGGGUCAUCCCGGGCAUCCAGCCCCGAGCGGGAUGCUUCUCCUGACCCCGCACCCCCAGGGACCUUCAAGCUCUUCACCAUGGAGACCAAUGGCCCCACCUCCGCCACGGCAUGCUAUACCGCCUCCUCGGCAGGGGGAGGGGCUGUGAGGCUCAACCUGCCACGUGAUGAUGUGGCCACCUAGCACUCCCCUGAUUAACACAUUGUAGCAUGAGCCUCCUGCUCCAGGGGACUGACGCAAAACUAUGUAAAUGUGGGCUGUGACGGUCAUGAAAUUUUGGAUGACGGUAAUUGGCCAGCCAAGUGAGUACGGUCUCAGUAAUAACCAUUCGAAAAGCAAAAAAAUUAAAUAAAUAAUUAUACAUUUCAUGUUGCUAAAAGGUCAGUCAAGUUCUUCCACACCGAUCUUGACAAACCAUUUCUGUAUGGACCUCACUUUGUGCAUG